AUGUUUCCCUUCUGCGCCUGCAAGUUGACUUUUGAGUCGACUCAAAAGUCAACCCAAUCGAGCAGAGGAGAUAUCAGUGUCUCAGUGUCUCAGCCCAUUGCUAGCAUGCACCCCUGGGUGAUGGUGAAGGUGCCACAGGGAGCAGAGCAGGUGCCAGCGUCUCAGCCCAAUGCUGGCAGCGUGGGCGGCAGGAACCAGAGGCACCGCAUGCUGCAGCGCCAGCUGUUCGUCAAGGAGCAGUGGCAGAAAGUGAAGGAGCAGAAGAAGGAGGCUUUGAAGCGAAGAGAUGAGAAGAGGCGGGCGAGAUGGAAGGCUGGCGCUGCAAGAGCAAGGGAGUGGCGGGAGAGGCAACUAGCAGCAGCAGCAGCAGGAGCAGGAACAAGGGGAGGGGAAGGGAGACGGGAUGAGGAGAGACGGGAUGAGGAGAGACGGGAUGAGGGGAGACGGGAUGAGGAGAGACGGGAUGAGGGGAGACGGGCUGAGGAGAGACGGGCUGAGGAGAGACGGGCUGAGGAGAGACGGGCUGAGGAGAGACGGGCUGAGGAGAGACGGGCGAGAUGGAAAGCGGGCGCUGCGAGAGCAAGGGAGCGGCGGGAACGGCAACUUGCAGCAGCAGCAGCAGCAGCAGCAGCAACAGGAGGGGGAGGUGGAGGGGAGGGGGUGGGAGCUACCACUGUCUAA